CUCCUCAAUGGCAUCGUCCUCGCCCUCACCUGCGUUCUGUUGUUCCACCUCCUCUUUACAGCGCAAUAUCACUGGCCACUCGCCCCACUCAACUAUGCUCUCCAGCUUUCUGGCGUACUUUCCCUCUUGAUUUCGUUGAUCGCGACGCUGUUCGUGGUGCUAAAUAGUGCAUUUAUGGAUACACAGGAAUGGCCAUAUAUGAUCAACUAUUUGGCAAAGGAUGUACCGCCGAUCGCAAGCUUGAGUGGGAAUAGCACGGAUCUGAAUGUGACAGAUUCACCGACGUGGACGACGGCCGAGUUGGCGGGGUGGUAUGCGAUGGAUGCGACAACGUCCGCACUUGUUCAGAUUACACAUAUCCAGUUCCUGACGCUACUCUACCCGUCCAGGCUCGAACAGCGCCUCGUUCUCUUCCUCUUAGGACCACUUGCGCUACUGUCGGCAUCUAUGGAGCUCCUUCCCAUACACCAAAAUCAAACGACAGUCGACGUCGCUGAUACCAUUCGCAAC